CUUUAUGAAAUGUUAUAUAUGCAAAAAAUUUGAAAACUCAAAACAAAACGUUAUCUUGUCUAAUCGCAAGGCUAAUAUAAAAGUAACGUAUUAAUCGUGACAUUACUUUUGAGAUAUAUAACUGUGACAACCUUUAUUGUCAACAAUAUUCUUGGCUUUCUCUCUCUCUAUAGAAGUAUAUCGUCAAGUCAAGCUCGACUAGGAUAUUCCUUAUGUAAUUUUACCUUUUUAGUAAUUUCUCUGUAGAGAAAUUGUUUGUUUAAACCCUUUCGUUGGAUCUACAUUGAUACAUUGCAAAUUCAAACAAUAGCACAUCUUUUAAUAAGAUAAUGGAUAAAUUAUUGGACGAAGUACAUGUAUCAAUAGGAUUAUUUUAUGGAAUAUUAAUAAUAAUAACUACGCUUUACGGAAAUUUACUAACAAGGAGACUUUUAGAACUACUAAUCUCGAUAGAACUAAGUUUAAUUAACUACGACUUUAUUAUUAAAUUAAUAACAUUUUAUUUUUGGCCACUGGAUUAUUUAAUAUAUGUUAUAAUAUGGGUUGCUUUACCGGGUCUAAUAUCAAUAUCUGAUAUCAUAUUCGACGUAGAAGAGUCCCCUAAUGUAAUAUUAGAAUAUAUGAUAGUAAACAAGCAUAUGCGCUUCGGUGGUAUUAUUUCAAUAUUUAUUCAAAUUCUCGGCGAUUAUCUUGCAUUUAUAUUUGGGCCUGUGUUAUUGUUCUGUUUUGGAUACAAAUAUGUCCCAUCAAGAUGCUUUUCAACAUUUUAUAAAAGUAAUGCGAUGCAUACAUUUGUUUUGGAAUGGCUGUUGACUAUAAUUCAUAGACUAUCAGUUUAUAUUGUAAUAAGAAUCAGCAGACAUCUAUCUGAGGAAUAUUUGACACUUAUAUCAUGUACUCUGCUGGCAUUUUUUAGGAUUGUAGGAUAUGUAUUCAUCGGCAGUUUAAACAAUCCAGCGUUAGGUGCUUCUCUGAGAAUCAGUUGUUCAGGAAUUCGUGACUAUCACAGUCUAUUAGUUUAUUGGGUUGCUCCGUUUUGUGGAUCUCUUUGCGCCUUAUUUUUAUUGUAUUUAUGCAAACAAGUCGCAGACUUGUACGUAACAUCUGAGCCAGUUUCCGAUACCGGAAUUCACCUUACACUUGAGGAUAUCAGAUAUAAGAAUUCAAGAAAUAGUAAUUCGUUAUAGAUGCAUCAAAGAUUUGAACGUGUACAUCCCUGGUCAAUUAAUGUAUGUCCCCGGUCGAUUAAUAUUCCUUUUAAACUAUAUAUGUUAGCAAUUUAAUUUUAAAAUAAUGCACUAUAUUAAAAGGAACAAAAAUAAAAUUAACAAUAUAAGAUAUUUAACAAUGUAUGCAAUAAUAUACUAUAAUAUAUAAUACUAUUGCAUUUAUCAUAAAUAAUUUUAAGCUUGCAAUCUGGAUUAAAUGAGAGAUAAAUGACCAAUUGUUUUUUAUUGUUAAAAGAAUAUGCCUUGGUACAAUUAUUAAUAUAAUUAUAGAAAAGUUAGUUAUUAGCAUAAUUAUAGAAAGUUAGUUCUUUUUACUUGCAUCUGAGAAAUAUAUUUUAAUAUAUUAUAUCUUUUAUACGCAAAAAAUGUAUAUUUUAAUACAUUUUUUACCGUGGUUUAUUUAGCUCUCUCCACAGACAACUUUAUAUUUACUUUUUUAUAUAAUUAUGUAAAAUAGAUUUAGUUUGAUAAACGUUUAAUGAACGUAGAGAGAGAAAUUAUUAUUGUCACAUAUAUGUAACGCUUGUAAAAAAACGUUGUGUCACACAUAUUUGACAGUAGCAACGGUAUUAAUACAUGCAAAUAUAAAUAUAUUUAUAUACAAACGUUCAUAUAUGUAUAUGUAUAUGUAUCUAAAUAUAUUUAUACUUAUAUACAUAUAUAUAUGUCUUCAUACAUGUAUAUGUAUUCAAAUAUUAUGCAAUACUACUGUGAUUUAUUACGCAAUACAAUAUAUUGAAAUAUCAUGCAAUUGGUCUUAGUUAAGGUAAUAUUGUUGAAAUUGCUGUAAUGCGUUUACUUAUUAUUAGCGAUUGGUAAAUUGAACGACGUUCAACGUCUUAAUGCAUGUAUAAAACAUGAUAUAUGUA